AUGGACUCUCAUUCUGUAGCUGCAACAGUCCUUCAGAAUGGGGAGGAUCUGUUGCUUUUUGCAGUUGAAGGCCCAAACUCACGACCAGACUACCAUGUAAAUACAAAGGAGUUAAAGGGAAGUCUUCUUUUAAAGAUAAUUGACCCUGACACCUCCGAAAAGGCGGAUAUUAUAGUCCCACAAGGUAGCACUUUUCUUCUGGACAGUACCAAAAUUUGCAUAUAA